ACAGGUCAACGCCACUUCGACUGCAGAACAGGCCGCCAUGCCGUCCAUCGUAGAUCUGAUCAGGAAGAAGAGGGACGGAGGUCAGCUGACCGAUGAGGAGAUCAAAUUCUUCAUCGAGUCUGUAACAACCGGACGGAUGCAGGACUGCCAGAUCGGGGCCAUGCUGAUGGCGAUCUGGCAGCGAGGGAUGGUGGCCGCGGAGAUUCGCACGCUGACCUGGGGGAUGAUGGUAUCUGGGGAGGUGAUGAGGUGGCCGGACGACUGGAAGAGGCUGAUGGUGGACAAACACUCAACAGGAGGGGUGGGGGACAAAGUGAGCCUGGUGCUGGCGCCGGCGCUGGCGGCUUGUGGCUGUAAGGUAACACCUGGACCCACUCAGCGUUUUUACUGGAAAACCUUAAAUAGUUACUGGUACAACGAUUCAAUAAGGAGUCCUUCCUUUUUAUUCUCCUCUAAUGACACUUUAUAUUUAGGGUAGGCAACAGGUGGGGGA